AUGAAGUUUUCCAUGAUUGUUUUGGCCUGCGUGCUGGCUAUAGCCCCAGCUUUAGCUGCACCAGCGUCCUCUUUACCAGCUGAUGCUUCCCCAUCUUCCCUUCCUGAAGUAUCUGCUGCCCCUGAAGCCCCAGCUGCUCCUGAAACCCCUGUUGCCAUAGAGACCGCUGCUCCCAAGUUGUCUGCUGCCCCUGAAGUCUCUGUUGCUGCUGUUGCCCCUGCUACCCUCGAAACUUCUGCGGCUCCUGUAGCUCCCGCUGUCUUUGAAGUAUCCGCUGCUCCCGAAGCUCCUGUUGUCCUUAAAGUAUCCGCUGUUCCUGAAGCUGCUGUUGUUCCCGAAGCAUCCGCUGCUCCUGAAGCUCCUGUUGUUCUCGAAGUAUCCGCUGCUCCUGCUGCUCUCGAAGCACCUGCUGCCCCCAAGGUCGAGGAAAAGCCUGCCUCUAUUGUUCUGGUUUCUGCCAAUCCCCCAUCUGUGGAACCCCCCGUUUUAAGAUCGUACGUUGCUCCCUCUGAGGCCUUUAUCCCUGUUGCCCCAGUUGCCCCAGUUGCCCCAGUUGCCUCUUUUGCCCCAGCGCCUGCUUUCGUCAACGUUCCUAAAUACGUGGCUAACGCUCGUGACGCCCAAACUAUCCAAUACUCAAACGACAUCAGCCCCAACGGUGCAUUCAACUACUUCUUCGAGACUAACAAUGGCAUUGCCGCCCAAGCUGAGGGUGUCCCUCGCUCCUUCUACUCCGGAGCCGAUGAGGUCUCCCCUGUCGUAGAACAGGGAUCUUUCGCCUGGAUCAGCCCCGAGGGACAAGAGAUCUUCAUCUCCUACGUCGCUGACGAAAAUGGAUACCAGCCAACCGGUAACGCCAUUCCCGUGGCACCGGAGAUUCCCCCAGCAAUCCUCCGCUCUCUGGAGUUCAUCGCGAGAUCCCGCUCCAACAUCGCCUCCACCAAGUAA